AAUACUCUGUUAGAUCAAAUCUUUAUCGGUUGUUUCUGCAAAAGUACUCUGUUCUUUAUUAUAUGGACCCGAGUAACGAUGACAUUAAAGAUUCCGAUCCAAGAAGUGGUGAAAAUGGUUGGCUCUUUAAGAUAUCGUGGCAGCGAUAUCGUUGAAUCAAUGGAAACCAGCAAAAGAGAGACGCUGAUGGAUGAGAAGAUCUAUGUAGCAGUGACAGGGAAAGAUCUAGAGAGCAAGUCUAGUCUUGUUUGGGCGAUACAGAACAGUGGAGGCAAAGAGUUUUGCAUCGUCCAUGUUCAUCAACCUAUCCAGAUCUCAGUCCCGGGGGAGAUGUUUCACGAGCAGAAAUUGCGGCUUUAUAGAAAAGAGAAGGAGAAAGCACUUAAGAAUUUGGAUAAGUACCUUCAUAUAUGCAGGCAAAUGCAGGUCACUGCAGAGAUCAUUUCUAUCGAAAUGGAUUCUGUAGGGGAAGGUAUCCUCCAAUUGAUAUCUCAGCGCGGAGUCACGAAACUCGUCACGGGAGCAGCAGCUGAUAGACACUAUUCAAUGAGAAUGAAAGACUUACAGUCCAAGAAAGCUAUUUACAUUCACAGAGAAGCGCCUGCUACUUGUCAUAUAUGGUUUACGUGCAAAGGAUACCUAAUCUGUUCAAGGGAAGCUAGAAGCACAGAUAACUCUUAUCUAGAAUAUUCAUCGUCAAAUACUUUGAGUCAAUCCAAAAUAACUAGAGAAACUGAAAGUGUUCCAAGCUCGAGUAUAGUUAAAGAUGAUGCUGAGACUUCGAAAAGGAAAGCACGCUUUGAGGCAUCUAAGCGUGAAGAAGCUGAAAAAUCUGCAGUUGAUGCACUCAAAAAGGCUAAACAAUGGGAAGCUGUGUAUUUCGAGGAGUUGAAGCGUAGGAAAGAGACAGAGAAGGCACUGAGGAAAACGAAUGAAGAACUUGAAAAGAUGAGAUCAGAAGCCGAGUCCCAAAUAACAGAAUCUUAUACGGUGAUAAGAAAGCUUCAAGAAAAGAACAACUUAUCAAUGGAAACGUUGAGAAGACUCAGAGAAGAACAAGAAGAGUUGAAGAUAAAGCUUAGAGAAGUAUCAAAGCUGAAGGGUAAGCGCGAGGAAGAGGAAGUGUCUCCCUCUAACCACCGUGAACCGCCUCAGUACUUCAUUUGUCCCAUUACACAGGAUAUAAUGGAGGAUCCUCAUGUAGCAACAGAUGGUUUUACAUAUGAAAGAGAAGCUAUAAGUGGGUGGUUUGCGAGAGGACACGAGACUUCUCCAAUGAUAAACAAAAGGCUUCCUCACACGAGCUUGGUUCCAAACCUUGCUCUUCGAUCCGCAAUUCAAGAAUGGCUUCAAGUUCCAGAAUCAUUGAACAAAUCCUCUGCUUGUAAAUCAGAACAUUUUUAAAUUGUGUCAGUUCAAAAUUCUCUGAUGUUAUUUAUAUCCAUGCACGCAGUUAAUAGUUGUUACCCUAUUACUAGUAUUAUUGGUAUGGUCACUCUUUUGUGGGGUGGUUACGCAUCUAUAUACUAAAUAUAGAUAUGACUUAGAU